AUGGCCCCAACUUACAACGUAAUCGUCAUCGGCGCCGGGUGGUACGGCCUCUCGGCUGCAAAGUCGUACAUCGAGCUUCACCCAGAUGAAAAGAUCCUCGUCAUCGAGGCUGAGAGCACAUGCGGUGGUACCUGGUCCCGGGACCGGCUUUACCCGGGCCUCAAGUCCAACAACCUCUGGGGCUCAUACGAGCACCCUGACUUCCCCAUGGUCGAGGAGGUCUAUGGCGUCAAGUAUGGCGAGCACGUUCCCGCUGCCACGAUGCACCGGUACCUCACCGAUUUCGCCAAACACUUUGGCGUCUUCGAGCGCACGCGCUUCGAUACGGCCGUAGAUGCAAUCGAGGCCGUGCCCGGCGAUAAUAGCUGGAAGGUGCACGUUCGACCAAGUAAGGGCCAGCAGAAGGAUGCGGAGAUUGAGGUGUUACACACCCAGAAGCUCAUCGUCGCCACCGGCCUAACAACAAACCCCAACCUUCCCACCUACCCUGGUCAAGAGAAGUACACGGCACCGUUCUUCCACGCCAAGGACUUCCAUCGACAAAGGGACGCCGUCAAAGACUGCAAGAAGGUCGUCGUCGUCGGCGCCGGCAAAUCGGCGCUCGACUGCGCCUACGUAUUCGCUGCCGAAGCCGGCGCCACCGUCGACCUCGUCAUGCGUCCCACUGGCGCUGGCCCCGUCUGGAUCAGCCCGCCUUGGGUCACGCCGCUAAAGCGCAUGUUGGAGGAACUGCUGAGCACGCGCGCCCUGACGUGGUUCAGCCCGUGCCCCUGGGGCGGCGAGGACGGCUUCGGCAUCGUGCGGAGCUUCCUUCACAACUCGGCGCUGGGCCAGAUCCUCGUCGGCAACUUCUGGAACUUUAUCAAGGCCGAUGUGGUUCAGGCGCACGGCUACAACGAGCACCCGGAGGUGUUUAAGAUGAAGCCUUGGCAUAGUCCGCAGUGGACUGGUAGUGGCGUGAGCAUCCACAACUACCCUACCAACUUUUUCGACCUCGUGCGCGAGGGCAAGGUCCGCCCGCAUCUCGCCGAGAUCGAGCGGCUCGACGCCGACAACAAGGUGUACCUCAGCGACGGCCAAGUUGUGGAUUCGGAUGUGAUCAUCUGCGCGACGGGAUGGAAGAAGGAAUCGGGCAUCAAGCUCCAGAACUUCGACGUGGGGCUCCAGAAGUCUCCUGAAGAGUGCCAGCGCCUCGCGCAAGAGGCAGACAAACGUGUGCGCGACCUCUUCCCCACCCUCAAGGACCAGCCCGUUAUCUCCAAGGCCCCCGUGUCGUCGUCGUCGGCAACCGCUGAAACCAACGGGGUCGCCAACGGCACCAACGCCAAGAACGGGAACGGCGCGUCCGAGCCGAUGCGGAACUACCGCUUCAUCGUGCCGUCGGGUGCCGUGUUUGACCGCAACAUCGCCUACGCGGGCAUGGUGUCGACGGUGUGCACCGCCAUGUUCGCCAGCAUCCAGGGCCUCUGGAUCUCGGCUUUCCUCGACGGGAAGCUGACGCGGGCCCCCAAGAACGACGCCGAGGUGCUCGACGAGGUCAUGCUUCACACUCAGUUCGGCAAGUGGCGGUAUCCUUGUGGAUAUGGCGCGAACCUUCCCGACUUUGCCUUCGACUCGCUGCCCUACGUAGACUUGCUCAUGAACGACCUCGGGCUCCCGUGUCGUCGCAAGGACACCCAGAUUAACGAAUUGCUGGAACCAUACAAGCCCCGGGACUACAAGGGCAUUACACAGGAGUGGCUCGCUUUGCAGGCUAAGAAAUGA